AUGGCACCCUCCAUCCCCAAGACGCAGACGGCCGCAUGGCUCGAGAAACCGCAGCCAGGGGCUCGCUUCCAGAUCAGAGACGAUAUCGAGGUGCCCAUGCCGGGUGAAGGGGAUGUGCUCGUCAAACUGGAGUAUACCGGGUUUUGCCACUCGGACGUGCAUAGCGCGUAUGGCGAGACGCCCAUGAGUACCGACAUAGCGGGCCAUGAGGGCGUAGGACACGUGGUUAAACUCGGCGCCAAUGCGCCAGGCGAGUUGAUGGACGCGAAAGUGGGUAUCAGAUGGCAGUACAGCACGUGUGGGAGUUGCGAGAUCUGCGACGUCAAUCCGACGGCGUGUCCCAACCAGGUCAACUCUGGACGGAACACAAGAGGGACAUUCCAGCAGUAUGUCGUCGCUCCGGCCAAGCACGUCACCAGGAUCCCAACAGACUUGAAGGCCGAAAUCGCGGCACCGCUUCUGUGUGCCGGCUUGACACUCUACUCUGCGAUCGCGAAGGCGAGGCUUCGGCCAGGCGACUGGCUGGUCAUUCCGGGCGCGGGAGGCGGCCUCGGACACAUAGGCGUCCAAAUCGCCGCCAGGCGCGGAUACAAAGUCAUCGCCAUCGACAGCGGGGAGUCGAAGCGCGAACUGUGCCUGAAGUUAGGGGCAACUUCGUUCCUCGACUUCAAGAAAGACGCGGUUGAAGACGAGGUGAAGCGCCUGACCAACGGCUUUGGCGCCCACGCCACGAUCGUCACGGCCGGUACAGACGCUGCGUAUGAGCAGGCGCUCAAGUUGAUCCGGAACUACGGGACGUUGGUCUGCAUUGGCCUGCCUCGCACUGGGGCACCGUUGGCUAUUUCGCCGUUCUGGCUGUGUGUGAGAAGUCUGACGGUCGUGGGUUCGUCGGUCGGAACGGACGCCGAAAUGCAGGAGCUUCUGCAGAUGGCCAUGAAGGGCGAGGUCGUGCCGCAGGUUGCAGUCUAUCCGUUCGAAGAGAUCAACACUGUCAUGGAGAAGCUUGUGAGGUACGAGGUUGAGGGUAGAGUUGUGUUGAGAAUACCUCAAUGA